UGAUCGGCAUGAGUGAGUGUCAGACCCGCAUCAAGCAGCUGGUGGACGAUGCCAAGCAGAUGGCCGGCCUGCCCCAGGACACCACCCUCGAGGGCCUGGGUCUCUGCCUGAGUGGCUGUGAGGAUGAGGAAGGCAACCGUGACAUGGCAGCUGCACUCAUGAAGCGUUACCCGGACCUUGCCCGCCACGUCAUUGUUUCUUCUGACACCAAGGGUUCCAUCGCAACCGCUUGUCAGAAUGGUGGUAUUGUCCUUAUUAGUGGCACCGGAAGCAAUGCACUUCUCCUAAACCCAGAUGGCAAGACUUAUCGCUGUGGAGGCUGGGGUCAUCUCCUUGGUGAUGAAGGAGGAGCUUACUGGAUUGCUGCUAGAGCUGUCAAGUUGUUGUUUGAUGAGGACGACAACCUAAUUGAUCCACCAUUUAACACCGCCCAGCUACGAGACAUUGUAUACACUCACUUUGAACUAAAAGACAGAGGUAGCCUCUACUCAGCCCCCUUCUCGCACUGUACCUCUCACUACAAACCAGGCAGGCCAAUGCUUGGUCAGGCCACAAAUAAGGAUUUUGCUACCCACUUGCGUAAGCAAACAGCAUAUGAGGAACGCAUCCAUAUAGACAGAUUUGGUAUGCUGCAACACUGUUAUCAGUCCUUUGAGAAGGCAAAGUUUGCUAGUCUGACAGCCAAGAUCAGUCAGGGAGCCUCCAAUGGUGAUGCUAUGUGUGCACGGAUUCUCUAUGAUGCUGGCUUUGCUCUUGGUCGUCACAUUGCUGCUUUGUCAAGGAACAUUCAUGAGGCACUGUUGUUCACAGAAGACGGGCUUCAGAUUGUGUGUUCAGGAUCAGUGUGGAAAGCCUGGGAACACCUCAGGCCAGGAUUUGUUGAUGGGAUCCAUCCAAGAUGCGAAAAAGACAGGGUCAUUCCCAAGUACACACUCCUCAGACUUGCGGUAUGGUAUAUUGGUUAUUAA